AUGGGUUCAUUGACUUGAUUCAUUCGAUUCUUGAUCGAUCAUCUCCGGCGGUUUGAGCUUAGUAUUGAUUAUGAGUACCUUGGUGUGGCCAAACAUGGAGAGGGAAGAAGGGCUGUACACGGUGCAUGAAGUUCCCAUACCGGAACAAGCUGUAUAUUCAUUCUUGUCUCCAAAGAACAUCAAGUCCAUUAUCUCCGGCAGGAAUGCCGCCGCCGCUGAAAUCCAGCUCUUGCUCGGCGUCGUCGGAGCUCCUCUCAUCCCCCAUCCCAUUCCCUCUCACCUUUCGUCUACCAAGAAAAUCAAUGAUCAUCCCAUUGAGAUGUCAAUGGCCAAGUAUAUAGUCCAUCAGUACAUAGCAGCAGCGGGAGGACAGAAUGCCCUGAGCUCCAUUGGGAGUUUGUACGCAAUGGGGAAGGUGAAGAUGGCGGCAGCCGAAUUUCGAUUCUGUGAGGAGGAAGGGGACGUGGGUUUAAAGAAGAAGAUGAAAAUGAAGAGGGUGAAGAGCGCCGGAGAAAUGGGAGGCUUUGUGGUGUGGGAAAAGAGACCGAAUUUGUGGAGCUUGGAGAUGGUGGUUUCAGGAUGUAAGAUCAGCGCUGGAAGCGAUGGGAAGGUGGCGUGGAGGCACACUCCUUGGCAUAAUUCUCAUGCUUCCCGUGGUCCACCCCGCCCUCUUCGUCGCACUUUGCAAGGUCUGGAUCCAAUGUCAACGGCGAAUCUAUUCUCAAAUUCAAUAUGCACGGGAGAGAAAAUGGUCAACGGACAAGACUGCUUUGUCUUGAAGCUUGAAGCAGAACCCACAGUUCUGAAAGCCAGAAGCAGCACUAAACUGGAGAUAAUCAAGCACACUGUGUGGGGUUACUUCAGUCAAAGAUUCGGUCUUCUCGUCCAGCUCCAAGAUUCCCAGCUCUUGAGAAUCAAGUCGCCGGAAAAUGAUGACAUCACUUGGGAAACAAAUACCACGUCGUUGAUCCACGACUACCGUACCCUUAACGGCGUCAACAUAGCUCACGCCGGCAAGACUUUGGUUUCCUUGUGUAGACUCGACAGAAGAUCAGAGGCUCAAACUGUGACGAGGAUGGAAGAGGCUUGGACCAUUGACGAAGUUGACUUUAACGUUAAGGGACUGUCUAUUGACUUUUUCUUGCCACCCAGUGAUUUGAUGAACUAGGAAUUAUACGUAGUAUUAUGGAGUACUAUAUCAGAACGAAUAAAUGAAGAUAAUGAAUUUGGAUGGGAGUUUUAUUAAGUGGUACGACCUGAAAAGGAAGGUCGUCUGAUGAGUUUGG